UUUGCCUAUAAAUUGAUCCACUCCUUCAACAAUUCUUCCACACCAACAUUCUCACUACUUCAUCUACAUUUCUCACUACUUCAUCUACAUUACUUCUUUUACAAUUUCAUCUUCAACAAAAUCUUCCAUUUUCAUCUACACCAACUCCCCAACAAUAUGUCUUUACUCACAAUGGGCGAAGCACACAGAGGAACAGUUGCAAACAUCGCGACAUACGAGGUCUCAAGGUUUCGAACUCGAGUCCACGAAUUUGUCCCAAUGGACCCGAUGAUUCAACCUUAUGUUGAACUCGCCGGUUUUGGUCACCUUAGCAAAAUUAUGUCUUGGUCUAUAGAUAACAAGUUCAUUCUAGCCUUAUGCGAAAGAUGGAGGCCAGAGACACACACAUUUUGGUUUCCAACCGGUGAGUGUACCGUGACGUUAGAAGACGUCUACAUGCUUUUAGGACUACGAAUUGAAGGCAAAGCUGUUAAUGGUAAGACCAACUAUGCAAAUUCAAUUUGCAUGGAGCUUUUAAACACUGAUUUGUUAGAUGAUAAUGCUAGGGGACAAGGUAUACUACUUUCACGCCUAAAGUCAUAUUAUAAUAGUUUUUAUUUAGAUGAGCAUUCUACCGAAGAUGCUCGAAUCAUCAAAACUAGGUGUUACAUUAUGUUGUUACUAGGAUCCUUUUUAUUUCCCGAAGGUAGUGGUUCUAGCAUGCAUAUUAUGUACUUACCUUUACUUAGACAUAUAGAUAGAAUAGGUAGUUAUAGUUGGGGAUCCGCAUGUCUAGCCUAUCUCUAUAGUUCUUUGUGCAAAAACUCCCACAAAGAUACUUCUACAUUUUCUGGAUGUGCUGUUUUGCUACAAGCAUGGGGAUGGUCAAGACUACCGUCUCUAGCACCGGUCAAUAGCAACCCCUUCACUUUUCCAUAUGCAAAAAAAUGGUCGGCACGCGGUAUGAAUUACAGCAGAUGUCCGAGACAUUGUAUUACUCAAUAUCGCAACCUGUUGGAUCACCUUCGACCGGCAGACUUCAUUUGGCGUCCAUACCUUAAUAUGGAUCAUGAGCAUCAGAUCAACCCUGAAGACGCAGCCGUAUGGACAACAUGCACACCGAUAAUACGGUUCACAACAGUGGAGCUGCACAACACCGACCGUGUGAAGCUGCAGUUUGGUAUGGUCCAGAAUAUCCCAGAUCCCCCAGCUAGCCUAGGAGAAUGGCAUAUGCGUAAAGUGAACGACCAAUGGAACUACAACCCUUGGCAAACCUUCGCAAGAUCAGAGUGUCGCAAGUGGAAGCACCGUCAUGACCAUGUCUUAACUGACGCAGUCAUGCCAAAUGAGGUAAAACCAAGUCGUACUUAUAUGGCUUGGUAUAAAUCAGUUGGAUUUCAAUUCAUCGCCGAUGAUAUGUACCUCUACGACCCACGCCAGACAAGUUACACACAAGAAGGAUCAACAUCUAACCCCCAACAACAUUCUCAGCCCGGUUACUCACAACCACCUAUCCGACAAACUUUCCGUUCCACAAACACACAAACAUACAACCAAAACAUGCCAUUCACCCAACCCCAAAACCAAGAACAUCCCCCAUACCACCACCAACAAAUGGACCAUCAACCUUCGACCGAACAUCGCUUCGCACCCACACCAUCACCCUACCAAAGUCGCCUUACCCAAAACACUAACCGCCCCAUCACCUACCGUAGCCAAGAACCCCAAACAUCACAAUACCAAAACAUCCCACAACCAUAUCUCUUCCAAACACCCCAACAACCUUUCCAACCUUUCCUAGACCCAUCAUUGUCACCCAUGUCCCCCUUCAACCGUCCCGGUCGCCCAUCCAUGAGUCAACCACACCCCAACUUCUCUGGCAUGGGUCAUGAGCUCAGUUACGCCGGUACACCAUCAUUGAAUACUGAAGACUAUGCUGAGUUGGCUGAAUACCUCAACGGAUCUUCUCCUGUAGGAGGUAAUGACGCUCUUGGACCAUCAGAUGAACAAACACCGGUGCAGAAUCGUCAACGUGGGUUAGGGCCAAGGGUUAGGGUAGCUAGGGGAUGUGGGACCGGAGGUCGGUUAGGUGAUCCCGGUCAUCACCAUUAGGAUUCUUUGUGUAAAAUCCAAAUUUUAUUAAUAUCAAUUCGUAUUAUGUCAAAUUUAUCUUUGUGUAAACUCCAAACAUUAGGUUUCUUUCAUAAUUCUAAAAUAAACACAUAUCAUAAUACAAAAAUUUAUAGGUCAGAAACCCUAAUUCAAGGACUUGUUAUUGUUAUGUUGAAGGGCUUGAAUUUGGUCCCUUUUGGCAA